AUGCACGCGCCUAUGGCAGUUGCCAGCUCGGUGUGGUUCGCCCAGCCUGAUGCUUUGAAGGGGUCCUUGGUCAAGACCUUGAGGGAAGUACGCCCGACAACGUUUGUCGGAGUGCCCAGGGUGUGGGAGAAGAUGUACGAGAAGAUGCAGGAGAUCAGCCGCUCCAUUCACGGCGCGAAGGCUGCGCUCUCAGCCUGGUCUAAAGGAAGGUUGGUGUUUUCCAAGGUGAAAGAGAAGCUGGGCUUGGACAAGGCAAACCUUUGCUUCACGACCGCAGCACCCAUCGCACAGGAGACCUUGGAGUACUUCGCUUCCUUGAACAUCCACAUCAUGGAGGUGUUCGGCCAAUCAGAGUGCACCGGGCCGAUGGCGGUCAGCACGAAGGAGGCUUGGAAGAUGGGCUCGUGCGGCCGUCCAAUGCUGGGGACCGAGUCAAAGCUCGAGCCGGGAACAGGCGAGCUUUGCUAUCGCGGCCGCAACAUAUUCAUGGGGUACAUGCACAACCUUAGCUCGCCUUCUUUUGGUUUGCCGCCUAAAUUAACCCACAAAAGGUACAUGCACAACCCCGAGAAGACGGCGGAGACGAUCGACGAGGACGGCUGGAUGCACAGCGGGGACGUCGCCACGUUCGACGAGGACGGUGACCCCAGGAUCACAGGACCCAGCGGCUUCGUGCGGAUCACGGGGCGCAUCAAAGAGCUCAUCAUCACCGCCGGGGGGGAGAAUGUACCGCCGGUACUCAUCGAGAGCGAGUUCAAGGCCGAGCUUCCGUGCAUCGCCAACUGUAUGGUCGUAGGCGACAAGAGGAAGUUCCUCACCAUCCUCAUCGCGCUCAGAUCCGAGAAACGGGAGGACAAGAACGGUGGGUCGUCGACCGUCAGGCUGAUCGGCGACAGCUUGACGGCGUGCGAGGAGAUCGGCAGCACGGCCACCACCAUCGAGGAGGCCAAGGCAGACCCCAAGGUGAAUAGAGGGAACCAUAGACAAACAACCACUCACAAAACCCGAAUUAUAUUGUUCGUGUUGUUCUUCUGUUUCUGCCAGUGGACCGAGUACAUCAACAAGGCUAUGAAGGCUUGCAACGCUCGCACGACUUCCAACGCGCAGAGGGUGGCCAAGUGGGCCUUGCUCCCCAAGGACUUCUCCGUAGAAGGAGGCGAGUUGACGGAGACCCUCAAGCUAAGGCGAGGCCCGACUUCCGAGAAGUACACGGACAUCAUCGAGGGGCUCUACGCAUGA